AUGUAUUCCUCCAAUACACCUCCAGUCAUCGUUGUGGGCGCUAGCCUCGUCGGCCUGUCUGCAGCCCUAUGCCUGGCCUCACACCAAGUACCAACCAUCGUCCUCGAAAAGCAUGCGGGAAUCUCCGCCCACCCACGCGCAGUUGGAUUCACUGCUCGAACAAUGGAAAUUUACCGCUCUCUAGGGAUCGAAAAUAAAGACCCUGCGCCAGACAACUUCGAGCUCAAACGCCUCCGUGUCGAAAGCUUGACGGGCAAGUGGUUUGAACAGACCUCAUGGUCAGAUACGGAGAAGAAGCGCGAUGUCAAAGAAGCACCAGCACCAAAGCACCAGCGGAAUCUCUCCCCUCCAAAGAAAGAAUAUUCAGCGUCUAGAGGAACAGCUCUCCCCCAAGACAAGCUCGAACCAAUCCUCGAAUCACUAGCUCUGGAACUCGGCACAGAUAUCCGGCGAGAACAGACCGUUCUCAAAGUCGAACAAGACCAACAAGGGGUCCUGGUCACAGUCCAAGACUCACAUGGCAAAACCAACCAAAUCCAAGGCUCCUACCUCAUCGCAGCAGACGGAAACCGCAGCACAAUCCGCGAGCACCUCAAAAUCCCCCGCCAAGGCCGCGGCUUCAUGCAAAACCUCCAUAGCGUCCUCUUCCGCGCUCCACUAGAACAAUACUCCAAAGGAAUUGUCCAAUUCGACAUCGACCAACCAACCCUGAAAGCCUUCCUAGUCUCCUACAGCGAUGGACGCUGGGCAUUAAUGUUCCGCGACGAUAUCGAGCGCGAUGAUACAGCCCUAAUUUCUGCAAUUCACCAAGCCGUCGGCGACUCCUCCAUCCCGGUUGAUAUCAUCACGACUGGUAGAUGGGAACUUACAGCUCUAGUCGCUGAUACCUUCCAAUCUGGUCGUGUCUUCCUUGCUGGGGAUGCAGCGCACACACUUCCUCCUAAUCGUGGCGGAUACGGUGCAAACACUGGUAUUCAUGAUGUGCAUAACCUUGCUUGGAAACUUGCUGCUGUGCUAGGGGGACGGUCUUCCUCGGGACUUUUGGAUACUUAUGAUCCUGAACGGAGGCCUGUUGCUUUGUUGCGUCAUGAUCAGAUCUUUGUUCGUGCUGAUUACAAGGUUCAUCUUGAUGCUAAGGCUACUGUUGGGGAGAAGAUUGAUGAUGAUGCUAUGGAGUUUGGGCAGAUUUAUUUAUCUAAUGGGUUUGUUGGUUUGGACGGGGAUCUUCCUCGUGCGAGGAAGCCGGAUGAGUGGGCUGGUCAGCCUGGGACGCAUUUGCCGCAUUUUUGGGUUGAGAGAGAUGGGAAGAGGGUUUCUAUUUUGGAUGUUAUUGGGCAGAAGUCUUGGACGCUGAUUUCGGCUUCUGAGGAAUGGGAGACUGUCUUGUUGGGUGUUAACGAGAAGUCUCGGAAUACGAUUCGGUCUGUUCGUGUGGAUGAUCAGUUGAAGGGGUUUCAGCAAGCUUUCUCCGUAUGUGAGACUGGUGCUGCUCUUAUUAGACCUGAUGGAUAUAUUGCAUGGAGGUCGAAGGGGAUGCCGUCUAAUGCGGUUGAUGUUUUGAGGGAGGUUUUAGAUCAAGUUGCCUUUGAGGCCGGAUUUACAGAUUAG